AUGGUCUUAAAGGAGGAAAAAGACAAGGCCGAUCGCCUUGCAUAUCUCGAGGAAAAGGUCAACCUGAUUCUAAGCGGCAAAGGAUCGAGCCCUCCGGAUCAAAAUAAUAACAAACCUCAAGAGAACAUAGAAUCAAACUAUUCGAUACCCUCAAAUCCUUCCUCGAAUGAGUUUAAUGGCAAUAUCAAUGAAACGUUCCUUCUGGGGCUUGGAUUUGAAGACUGCAAGAGUCAGGUCCCUUCUCGAGUUACCCAUGCGAUUGAUCUUUAUUUUCAAUAUUGUCACCGACAACCUAUAUGGUGCUUCGAUCGGGAAGAAGUGAAAGAUCCAGGUUACAUCUCGGAAGAGCUGGUUUGCAGCAUUAUAACAUUGACUUCUCGGUUUUCUCAGGAUCAUGAGGAGGUGCAGCAAUAUGGAGACACAGCACGAACCCUGGUCAUGCUUCGUAUUGCGAAUGGCACUGUGGAACUCGAAACAAUCGAGAGCCUGUGUCUCCUAUCGUACUCAUCAUUCCUAGAUGGCAAUGGACACCUGGGCAGAUUCCAUCUUGGUCUCGCUCUCCAACUUUGUCGCUCUGCAAUGCUGGAUCUAAACUCUACGUACGGCAUUGAGUGUCCAGCUGCCGAGCGUGGCAUUCUUAGUGUGCCAGCCGAGGUAUUGCGAUCUUUCUAUCUCUCAACGGGAAACGAGCCGAUUCUUGAACAACCCGGGCACAAACCGCCGCCUCUACCACUCGAUACAAUCGGAUGCACCACCUCGAGUGAUAUUGGAAUUUGGAAUUUAGCAUUGCACUUUGGAUGGGUAUGGAGCAGAGUAAGAACUUAUGUUUAUGACUGCGCGCAAAGUAAAUUGACCGAACCAUGGCGACAUGACUCGAUGUACGCGAUAGUUUUGUCAGACUUGACUGAACUGGAGAACAAGUUGUCUCUCUGUCAUCGAUAUGAUUCAGUCAAAUUUUAUGACCGCCGGUCGGAUGAGCUACGUGGUAAUCGGGACUACUGGGCCUCUUGGUUGAAGCUCCAGUUUACGUAUCAUACCAUUUUGACCGUGCUCAAUCACCCUUUCCUUUAUAUUGUGGCAUCUCAAUACAAUCACAAAUUGACAAUCCCCAAUACGUUCUGGCGCAGAUCCUCAGAGGUGGUCAUGCUACACGCCACUUGGAUUGUUCGCAUGAUUGAUAUGGUUUCGGAGAAGAAAAUGCGACUCAUUGACCCCUUCUUCGGGCAUGCCGCUGCUAUCGCCGCAACAGUCCAUCUUUAUUUCUGCUGCGCGGCCGAUCCGAGAUUGAAAUACAAGUCUAAGACAGACUUUGCCAAGUGCAGGAGAUUUUUGAAAAGCUUUGUUACAUUCUCCCCUGCUUGUGAAUCCUUGGAUCGGAUCUUGGAUAAAAUGACACGGAUAGCCUCGGGCUCAGAGAAAGUGGACUUUGACUGGGAACCAUCGAAGAUCCAUCUCAGUAUCCCGCUGAUGUGGGAUGUUCUUCAAAUCAACUGCUCUUCUAGUAUAGAGGAAACCCCUUUUGCUGGCUUGCUUCAUCCGACACUUACACCGCUCACUUUCCCAGAAGAUGAGAGCUCAUCCUCCACACUUGAAGUCAUUGUUGCGAUGUCUCCUGAGAUCACGGUUAAUACUGCUGAUGGUGGUUCGGCUGCUCAUAUGCCACCUACUAUUCCUCGCGUUGCUUCCGCACCAACUACCCCUAACCUUGCUCUAGGUGAGAAGCUUGUUGCACCGGCUGAUAGUCUUAUGGCCAAUACACCAUGGCUAUGGACUGAUCCUUCGCAAUUUGUUGAUAUGGAGACUCUGGGCUAUCCCGAGUCGGAAUCAACUUUGGGAAAUAUCGAUGGAUUUUCGACCUGGUGGGAUUUUGGCAACUUAUAA